AAUUCGAAAAAAUAUUAAAGCGCGUCUGUUUAUAACGACUGAAAAACAAAAACGAUCCUGAUUAAUUGUUUAUAAUAAUAUAUAAAUAAAUGGAUUACAAAUUGCAUAGUGUUGAUUUAAACAAAAUUUAUAAAUAAUGGCUGGUCGAAAUCAAAGAAAUGAGGAUAUAUCUGACGAAGAAAUGGAAGUGGAUAAUGCUGAUGAUGCUACAUGUGAUUCUGAUGAAGAAGGUGGUUUGCGAAUUGACAAGGAUAUUUAUAUACCACCGCCACCAAGAAAAAACCUACAUGAUGAUACUGAAAAAAAAGAUGGAAGACUGAUGAUAUCAAAAAUAGUUAAUAAAAAUUUUAAAAGUUAUGCUGGUGAAGUUGUGAUUGGACCAUUUAAUUCACAAUUUUCAGCAAUAGUUGGACCAAAUGGUUCUGGAAAAUCAAAUGUCAUUGAUUCAAUGCUUUUUGUUUUUGGCUAUCGUGCAAGUAAAAUACGUUCAAAAAAAAUAUCAGUACUUAUACAUAAUUCAAGUGAACAUCCAAAUUUAAUAAGUUGUACUGUUUAUGUUUAUUUUCAAAAAAUAAUUGAUCAAGAUGAUGGUAAUUAUGAAGUAGUACCAAAUAGUCAAGUUAUAAUAUCACGUACUGCAUUCAAAGAUAGUUCAUCGUAUUAUGAAAUGAAUGGAAAAAAAGUACAUUUUAAAGAAAUAGCAAAAUUAUUAAGAAAUGAAGGUGUUGAUCUUGAUCAUAAUCGUUUUCUUAUAUUACAAGGUGAGGUUGAACAAAUAUCAUUGAUGAAACCAAAAGCACAAAAUGAAAAUGAUACUGGUAUGCUUGAAUUUUUGGAGGAUAUUAUUGGUACAUCACGUUAUAGAGAACCAUUAGAUAAAUUAAUAAUUAAAGUUGAUGAAGCAUCAGAAAUUGUUGCUGAAAAAACUAAUCGUUUACGUAUUGUUGAAAAAGAACGUGAGGAUAUGAAAGAGCCUAUGGAAGAAGCUGUGGAUUAUUUAAAAACUGAAAAUGUUAUAACAAAACUUCAGUAUAAACUUUGUCAUUGUAAAAAAGCUGAUUGUACUGAAGAAAUGACAAAUAAAAGUUCAAAUAAAAAUGAACUUGACCAAGAACGUGAUCAAUUGAACCAGGAUAUAACACAAAUUAAUCAUGAAAAAAAUGUUAUAAAUGAAGAAAUAAAAGAAAAAAGUUCAAAAUGGAAUGUAAUACAACAAAAAAUGGAUACUGUAACAACAUGCUUUGAUGAUAUUAGAAAAAAAGAUGAAGCAUUAACUGCAGAAUUAGUUGAAACAAAUAAACGAAGAAAAAAUAAUAUGGAAUUGGUCAAAAGUGAGACAUCAAAACUUGACGAAAUAAAAAAAGUUCCUGAAAACAAUAAAAAAGAAAUUGAGGAAUUUGAAAGAUUAAUAAUAAAACAACAAUCUGCAGCUGAGAAAGAAAGCACAAUACUUGAAAAAUUAAUGGAAACAGUACAAGAAAAAACUGAGCCAUUAAUAAAAAAAAGAACUGAUCUUGAAACAAAAUUAAUAGAUCAUAAAAAAAAAGUUAACGAUGCCAAAGCUUCAUAUGAUCUUGCUGAAUCAGAAUUAAAAAUUUAUACAACUGUUGAACAGACAGAAAAAGAUAAACUUAUUCAACUUCAAGAGACUCUACAAAAAACAAUGGAAACACUGAGAGAACGUAAAGAACAAUUGACUGAAUUUGAAACAAAAAUUCCAAAUGAUGAAAAGAGUUUACGUAAUGCACAAAAACAAUUAGAAACACUAAAACAACAAGAACAUGAAGUACGUCAACGUUUGGAUCGUUUAAAUUCUGAAGUAGCUGAAAAAAAUUCAGCAAUGUAUGCAAGUAGAUCAAGAAAUCAAGUUAUAAAUGCAUUAAUGGAAGAAAAAAGAAGAGGUAGAUUACCAGGUAUAUUUGGUCGUCUUGGUGAUCUUGGAGCAAUUGAUGCAAAAUAUGAUGUUGCUAUAUCAACAGCAUGUGGUCCACUUGAUAAUGUUGUUGUUGAUACUGUUGAUACAGCACAAGCAUGUAUUGAAUUUCUUCGUUCUAAUAAUAUUGGUAGAGCAACAUUUAUACCACUUGAAAAACAACAAAGAUUUAUUGCUCAAUGUAAUCGUAAAAUUACAACACCAGAAAAUGUAUCAAGACUUUUUGAUCUAAUUAAAGUUGAAGAUCCACAAGUAUUACCAGCAUUUUAUUAUGGUUUACAUGAUACACUUGUUGCAAAUGAUUUAAAUCAAGCAACAAGAAUAGCAUAUGGUGCAAAAAGAUGGAGAGUUGUUACAUUAAAAGGAGAAUUAAUUGAAACAUCUGGUACAAUGAGUGGUGGUGGAAGAACAGUUUCAAGAGGUAGAAUGGGACAAAGUAUUGUACGUGCUGAACCAUCAGCUGUUGAUAUUGAAAAACUUCAAGAUGGAAUUAAUAAACUUAAAGAUGAAUAUGUUGUACUACGUCAACAACAACCUCCAAUUGAACAACAAAUAAAUACUUUGACAAUUGAAUUAAGAGAAAUGGCUGUUAAACGUGAGAGAUAUAAACUUGAAUUUAAUACACUUAAAACACAAGAACCUUCGUUAAGAGUACAAAUUAAAAAUCAAGAAAAAAAAACUGCCAAAACUGUAUCAGAUCCUGUUAAAGUUAAAACUUUAAAAAAAGCUAUUGAUACAAAAAAAAUUGAACUAGAAAGUGUUCAAGAAAAAGCAAAAUUAACUGAAAAUGAAGUUAAUAAAAUAAGUGCUGAAAUAAAUAGUAUAACUGGUGGUAAAAUAAAAGAACAACAAAAAAAAAUAACAACUAUUAAAAAUGCUAUUGAUAAAUCAAAAAGUGAAAUAUGUCGUCUUCAAGUUGCAAUAAAAACAUCAGUAAGAAAUCUACAAAAAACAGAAGAAAAAAUUUUAACAUUAGAAAAUGAUGUUAAAGCAUGUCAAGAAAAAAUACGUCAAGGUCAACAAAAUAAAGCACAAUGGGAAGAACAAGCUAAAAAUUUAUUAGCAAAAAUUGAUGAGUAUAAAGAAAAACUUGUCAAUCGUGAUGAAGCUAUUGGAUCACUAAAAGAAAAUUUAGGUAAAAUUCAAGAAAAAGAAACAAAGCUAAAAGCACUUAAAAUUGAUCUUAAUCAAAAACUGACAGAAAUUGAAAAACAAAUUUCUGAGCUUAAACAUAAAAUAAAAGUAUAUGAUAAACAUAUCAAUACAUUAAAAUUAAAUGAAAUACCAUUACAACAACUGGAAGAAUUAACACCAUUAACAGAUGAUGAAAUAUCACAACUUGAUUCAAGAACAAUUGCUGCUAAUCUUGCUGCUGCUAAAGAGAGAUUACCUGAAAAUAUUCCCAAUAUGCAGGUAAUCAAAGAUUUCAUUGAAAAAAACAAUAUAUAUGAAAAGAGAUUAGCCACUGUUGAAGAAGUAACUAAAAAUAAAAAUAAAUUACGUUCAUCAUAUGAUCUUGUUAAAAAACGACGUAGUGAUGAAUUUUAUGCUGGUUUUACUGUUAUAACAACAAAGCUAAAAGAAAUGUAUCAAAUGAUAACACUUGGUGGUACUGCUGAAUUAGAAUUAGUUGAUUCAAUGGAUCCAUUUAGUGAAGGUAUUGUAUUUAGUGUACGUCCACCUAAAAAAUCAUGGAAAAAUAUAAGUAAUUUAAGUGGUGGUGAAAAAACACUUAGUUCACUUGCAUUAGUAUUUGCAUUACAUCAUUAUAAACCAACGCCACUUUAUUUUAUGGAUGAAAUUGAUGCUGCAUUAGAUUUUAAAAAUGUAUCUGUUGUUGGUACUUAUAUUAAAGAAAGAACUAAAAAUGCACAAUUUAUUGUUAUUAGUUUGAGAUCUGAAAUGUUUGAAUUAGCUGAUACACUUGUUGGUAUUUAUAAAACAUAUAAUGCAACAAAAACAGCAACAAUUAAUGUCAAAGCAUUAUAUCAAAAACAUAAAAAAAUAUAUGAACAUGAUAAAAAAAGAAAAGAAAAAUCAUCAACAAGACCAAAUUGUUCUCAAGCACUUGGUAAAGCUUGUUCACAAGGAUUACGUCCUAAAUCACCAAUGGUUUACUCACAAUUUCCAUCAACAUGUCCAGCACAAAUUGAUAAUCGUACUAGUAAAAGUCCAGAAGAAAAAGACAAAGAAGACCAUUCAGUACAUAAUGGUCGUGCUAGUAAAAGUCCUGAGGAACAGCAUUUAACACAGAAUGGACAUACUAGUAAUAUAUCAAAGCAACAACCAAUACUUGAUAGCAGACGUCAAUCAUUACCAGAGCAACCAGUUGUCACUCCAACACCAGAAAGAGUAUCUAAAAGAAUAUCAGUUCGUCGAUCAGCAUCAUCGACUUUUUCUGAUCUGGGUACUCCAGUUAGGAACAAUAAUGAUACUUCAUUAUCAAAUCCAAAACGACGAAAACUUUGAUAAUUAUAAUUAAUUAAUAAAUAUAUUAUUUUCAAUGAAAUUAUUACAUAAAAAUUUGAAAAAAAAAAAAAAAAACAAAUUGCAUUUAUAUUAUAUUAGAAGUAAGCAAAAGAAAAAAAAAAAAAAACAAUGUAAAAACUUGAAUUAUUAAUUAGUUAAUAAAAAAUUAUAUUUUUCAAGACA